GCAAGCGAUCGCCAUCAGUUUGUGUCCAACCACGGUACGGAAUAGUUAAUUCAAAUCGAACGAGGUCUGCAUAAUUUAUCUAAAAUUUUAGUGUUCCAGCUAAAAGCAACCGUAACCAACCGUAGUAGUAAGAAUAUCUUUUGUGGUGGUAGAGGCAAAGUUGUAAAUAUUAAUUGCGAAGAUUUAUGCAUAAAGAUGAGCCGUAAAUUGUGCACGUUCUUACUUCCCGUAUUCUUAGCAGCCUUUGCUGUUGGAGCACCAACCUGCCCAGAACAACACGGAGUUCAAGCCUAUGGCCAUCCUGAAAGAUGUGAUCAGUUCUUCCUCUGCACGAAUGGAACAUUGACGGUUGAAACCUGCGAGAAUGGGUUACUUUAUGAUGGCAAAGGAGCAGUACACAACCAUUGCAACUACAAUUGGGCUGUAGAUUGUGGAAAGCGCGUAUUUGACCCAACACCAAUCUCAACACCUGGAUGUGAAUACCAAUUCGGAAUCUACCCAAUUUCGAAUGAAUGCUCAACCACUUUUGUAAAAUGCGCUUACGGAGAGGCAAUCCAGACACCAUGCGAACCAGGAUUGGCAUAUGACCACAGAAUCCACGCCUGCAACUGGCCAGACCAGCUCAUCCCUCACUGCAAUCCAGAAGCUGUCGUCGGAUUCAAGUGCCCAACUCGUCCCCCACCAAACUACAAAUCGGCUGCUUUCUGGCCCUUCCCACGAUUCGCCGUACAAAGUGACCCUCAUCGUUUCAUCACUUGCGUUGAAGGAUGGCCCCGUCUAAUUUCUUGCGGAGACAAUUUGUUUGAUGCCAACGAACUGUCCUGCCAAGAAUAGAGCCUCGAUAUAUCCUAGAGCAUGUGACACCUCGUUGAAGAUAGAAUUCUUCUUUGUACAGCACCAGCAACUAGACAUGUGACUUUUUUUAAUUUAUUAAAUGGAAGGAGAACAAACCCGUCUUUCGGCUCUAGAGGAAAAGUUCCCAGAAGUAGUGUAUUACCAUAUUUUUGUUUAAUAACUAAAGUUACCAGAAUGUACACCAUAAAUGUAUCACCUCUCAUAAAGUAAAAUUUAAAUAUGGAA